AACAUAGACAGUCACAUUAUAGGCAACAUCUUUUCCUCCAUUCAAGACUCCGCCCACUGGUCCUACCUGCCAUUUGGACCGGGUGGUGAGGUUUUUAGUUUCUAGAGCCUGGACACAAUAAGUUGCCAAGCUAAACCUAAUUCCUCCCUGUUUCAUUACGAGAUCUUUAAUUUAAUAUCGAAUCAUGGCAGUGAACACAGGCACCUCUCUAGUGCUGUCCAGUCUGCUGUCUGUGCUGGUAUUUGCUGGGAUGCAGAUGUUCAGUAAGCAGCUGGGAUCCACUGAAUGGCUUACCAUCCUGGGAGGUUUCCUGGGCUCAGUCCUCUUCAUCUGCUCCCUCACUGCAUUUAAUAAUCUAGAAAAUGUGAUUUUCGGGAAGGGAUUUCAAGCCAAGAUAUUCCCAGAGAUUCUGCUGUGCCUGUGUCUGGCCCUGUUUGCCUCUGGUCUGGUACACCGUGUCUGUGUCACCACAUGCCUGAUAUUCUCCCUUUUCGCCCUGUACUACAUCAACAAAGUAUCAGCCGCUCUCUACCAAGCAGCUGUUCCUGCAGUAACACCAGCCAAGGCUGCCAGCAAAGGCAAAAGGAAGAACUGAUGACUCUGUUGGAUCCCACUUGUAUCUAGUAAAUCAUAUAUUAUUACCCAGGUGCUGAUGGCCAGUGCAACAC